GACUUUACCACGCACUACGCUCCACAUUUCUGCCAAUUAUUCCGAUGCUGAAAUUUUCAUCAGGACCUUUGGUUCUUUGGGUUUGUGUGGCAAUUCCUUUGGCUACUUGCUGCCCCGAGCCACCUUGCAACGGCACCGUCAGCCAGGCCUCCAUGAUCGAAGAUAAUGAGAAUGACAUCCAGAGGUCACUGAUGAUUCUUGCCACACUUGCGUCGCAGGAUCCGGCUCUUUUCGGGGGCAAUUUCCUCAUUGCAGUGUUUGUUUUCUCUUUGAUGGUGGCCGGUGCUAUGUAUGCUUCAAUUAUGCAGCGCUGGGAGGAGCGAAGUGCCAAACACCAUCCUGCCUCGCAGAUUGUAAUGCAAGGGAUGGAUGAAAUGCACUUCACACCAGAUCUUGUGGUCCCAGAUGGUUGCGAAUGCAUCCUUUUGGUUCCCUCAAAGCCCAAGCGUGGGAUGACUUUUGACGUAAUCGAUUGUGCUGGAGCUGUGGUAUUGCGGAUGGAAGAUAUGCAGCACGCGUCGUCAAGCCCGCUUCCGCGACGCAGGCUUCUUACACCAAACAAAGUUGUCUUAGGCCAGUGCACACGAACCCAGCAGUCCUUUCCUUCUCAAACAUCCACAGCGAUCACGUUUGAGAUCUCCAAUGCCACUCAUGGAGUGUUUGCGAAGCUGACUUACGAGCCACGCCAGGGACGCGAUGACAAAGUGUUUCUCGAAACCAAACAUGAAAAACUGCUGUUCUUUGGGUCCAUCGAGCACCAGACCUUGAAUCUCACCGACUUUUGUGGUCGUUUGCUGGCGACCACCGAGCCAGUGACGCAGCAGGCCCACCAUAAGCAGCAUAUUCCAGAAGGAAAGACAAACCAAAGUGUACAAAGGUCUCGCCACCCAAACGUGAUUUGA